CACUUGCAAGUUGUAAAAUUAGUGACUGAGUAAGGGAUGUACGGAAAACGUGGCUGAACUCACUUAAAAAAGUUACUUAUCGUUUCAUAAUAUCACUAGAAGUUAUGACUAAUAUUGCAGUUUCAAGGAUUCAAAGAGAAUUCAGGGAGAUAAUCUCGAGUGAAGAGGCAAAACAGUGUCAGAUUAAAGUAGAACUUGUAGAUAAUUCAUACACUAGACUGGCUGGAGAAAUCACAGGGCCUCCAGACACUCCAUUCGAAGGUGGAAAAUACAAAUUGGAUAUAGUUAUCCCUGAAACAUAUCCCUUUAAUCCACCAAAGAUAAAAUUUACAACUAAAAUAUGGCAUCCAAAUAUUAGCUCUGUAACUGGUGCAAUUUGUUUGGAUAUCUUGAAAGAUCAAUGGGCAGCAGCAAUGACACUUAGAACAGUUCUAUUAUCAAUUCAGUCUUUGCUGGCCUCACCAGAACCAGAUGAUCCACAAGAUGCUGUUGUGGCUAAACAAUUUAAAGAAAAUAGGAAAGCGUAUGAUGUAACUGCAAGGCACUGGGCUUAUAUAUAUGCAGGAGCUGGAUCAUCAGAUCCUGAUUGUGAUGAAAAAAUCAAGCAGCUUAUGGACAUGGGAUUCCAUGAGAGUCAAAGUAGAGUUGCAUUAUCAACCCAUUCUUGGAAUGUACAAAGAGCAGUUGAAUCUUUAUUUAACAGCUGACAAAACAAGAUAAAACAAACAUCAAUUAGCUAUAGAUAUUAAACCAAGGAUUUAAUCUACUGGACAAAAAUGAACUCUUGAGAUCGUCUUAUAAAGAACUUCUUAGUCAAAUAUUUUGUCUUUGUAAAGGUGUUCAAUGUAGUACAAAAUGUUUUUUUUACCAAGUAAAGUUUGUUUUAUUUACACCCAUUA